GUUGCUCCUGCCUGUCGGUAUCCGUAUCCGGGUCAUUCUGGUGAAAUUGCCCCGGUCCCGUUCCCGCGGGGUCAUUGUGUCGCUGCGGGUUUCCGGUCCUCCUCCCCCUCCCAGGGAGGUUUGUGUGUCGGUGCGGUUGCGGCACCGCCGUUGAGCCGGUUUUUUUGCUUUCUUCUAGUCCCCCUCCCCGUGCUUGCCCUCAUGGAGCCGCCCGGGCAGGUAGGGCGGGGCCCCCGAGAAAGGGAGCACGGCGGACCGGGCCAGAAUCCUGUAGGUAUGGCUUACGUACCAACAGAGGAUGAAAGAAGAAUUUUCAGGGAAUGCAACGAAGAGAGCUUCUGGUAUAGAUCUGUUCCUAUUUCUGCAGUAAGCAUGAUUGUCACUCAGGGCUUAAUUAAGAAAGGAAUUCUCACCACUCAUUCAAGGUUUGGCUCUCUUCCCAAAGUUGCAUUUGCCGGUAUAUGUGGAUAUAUUGCUGGAAAGAUUUCUUACAUGUCGGCCUGCCAGGAGAAAUUCAAGAGACUGGAGAAUUCCCCAAUAGGAGAAAGUAUACGACAAGGGCGCAGACCUCUUCCACAUGAAUAUGCUGCUCAAAAAUCAGAGUUUGCAAAUUUGCCUUCUCAGUCACCUUUUGGAUCUUCUCCAGCAGCUGAAGCCCCACUUUCUUCCAGCUAUUCACAUGAAUAUAGUUCAACAGAUCAGUCCGGCUCUAAUUAUGCACCAGUUCCAUUCAGUUCUUCUCUGAAUGAAUCCUCUCCUACUGGAGUUACUGAACAUAAUGCCCCAGAACCUGUUCCAUUCCUAGAAGAAAGUCCUAAGAGAAAAAGUGUCUCAUACGAGGAGUUAAGGAAUAGAAACAGAGAGACAUAUGAAGGAACAUUAACACAAAAGGCAGAGACUCCAGUCAAGUCUUCACAGGAGAGACCAUUUAAAAAAGAAGGUAAUCUGAUGCUGAAUUGCUGCACUACGUAGUGAACAUGGAUGCCAAAGUAGCGUUGAAAAGGUUAAAGUAAACAAGUAUGGAGAUGCUUGGGAAGAGUGAGAACUGAAUCUUUGCAUGUACUGAAGGAAGUUAUCUUCAAUCAGCUAACUUCAGCUCCAUCUGUGUUGGUCAUGAAUAUCUACACACUUUGGUGUAUUCUGCCAAACUGAAAUAUGUUCUAAUAAAGGAGACUAGAUUUUA